AUGGAAGCUGAUGGCAAUUCUCUCGUUCCCUUGCGUCAGAAGACAAAAAAGAAAAGUCAAGGGUUCUUUAUAAUGAGCCGACGGAGGAUAUCGUGUAAAGAGCUGGGGCAAGCCGAUUGCCAAGGAUGGCUCUACAAAAAGAAGGAAAAAGGAGCUUUUAUUGGCAACAAAUGGAAAAAGUUCUGGUGUGUGCUGAAGGAGUCGUCGCUGUAUUGGUACAGCAGUCAGCUGGCUGAAAAAGCAGAAGGAUUUAUCAGACUUCCAGACUUCAGUGUGGACCGAGCAACCGAAUGCAAAAAAAAGCAUGCUAUUAAGAUCAGCCACCCACAGAUCAAGACAUUUUAUUUUGCGGCAGAAAAUGUUCUGGAAAUGAACACGUGGCUAAGUAAGCUGGGGAUGGCUGUAGACCCUCAGGCACCCAACGGGAAAAAUGAGGAAGAAUGCUACAGCGAAAGUGAACAUGAUGAUCCAGAAAUAACAGACACACCACCUCCCCCCUACACAGUCCAGCCACCACCUCCUCCUUUGGAUCAGCAGAAGUCUUCUUUCACCUCGACUCUGUCAAGUGAAGCAUCUUGUUCUCUCUACUCUCCUGAAAGCACUUUCAACUCCCAAGAGUCGUCUUCUUCCUUGGCUUCCAAAGUGGUUUAUUCCGAGAGGCAGUCCUGGCUUGACCUAGUUAACAGCUCUGCCAUGGAAGAGGGUGAUCAGCCUUUAACUUUCUGCGUACAGAUUCACUCUGAUGAGCCACCAGAAGUAGACUGUGGAGAAGCGGCAGAAAGCCAGGAGAUCCGGCUUUCCAAACCCAGUGGUGGAUCCCAAAACUCUUUUUUAGGUCCAGAUACACACUGUCUAGCUGUGCCAGAUGCAACAGGACAGAGGUCACUAGCCAAAGAUCAGGAAAAAUGUGAUGAUGAUGAGAUGGAGCGACUUUACAAGUCAUUAGAACAAGCAAGCCUGUCUCCCAUUGGUGAUCGUCGGCUGUCAACGAAGAAGGAGCUUAGGAAGUCGUUUAUCAAACGCAGCAAAAACCCCUCCAUUAAUGAGAAACUUCACAAAAUUCGAAUGCUGAACAGCACAUUAAAGUGUAAGGAACAUGACCUGGCCACAAUUAACCAGUUGCUAGAGGACCCAAAGUUGACGGCAAUGAAGUACAGAGAGUGGAGAAACACAAACAUCAUGCUGGUCCAAGAUAUUUACCAGCAGCAGGAGGUCCAGGACGUGUCCACAGAGAAUAGUGAGGAGCAAGAGAUGACUCCACAGCCUAUUGCUGAAAGUGCUAUCUGA